GAGUGCUGGCUUGAUAAUUGGGUUUAAGGCCAAUUUGGAAUAGCGGCAAAAACAUUCAUUUAGUUGAAGUUAAAGACGAGGUUUGGACGGAUCUGUAAUCCCAGCUUAUCUUGAAUGAACGACUUAUUUUAGCUCUCGCUGAGAUUUAUGCUAUUGAUGAAUUCCUCUUUUUUUCGUUCACAAGUGUUUACUGCUUCAAUCUACAUUCCAUCUCAUACAAUGGUGUUGGUUUUGGCAAUGCCUAAUAUUUUUGUUUCACCGAUUAGAUUUCAAGCAGUGUCCCUUGUUUACUCAAAUCACUCAUUCAUAAUAUCAUGCAAUGCUGUACCCAGACAGCAGUUGCAGUCACAGCCACAAAUAGAACAAGGAAAUGAAAAGAGAGAGCAGCGCUAUAAUGCCAUGAAACAACUGUUAAUGAAAGAGUGCGGCUUUUCUUCCUCGCAACUCACGGCAAUUAUAAAUAAGGAGCCCUCUGUUUUCAGAAGAAAAACUACUGAGAGAGCCCAAGAGGCAGUCCAUCUUUUGAGAGACUCGGGAUUCACUCCCGACCAGGUGAGGAAUACCAUUCGCAGAAACCCAUCUGUUCUUACCCGCAAGGCUGAUGAGCAGCUGAAGCCUAAGAUUGUUUUUUUCAGGAAAUUAGGCUUCGCUGAACACGAAGUGGGUUAUAUUAUAUCCCACCAACCAAGAGUUCUUGGUCUCAGUUUAAGCAAAAGUCUAAGUCCUAAGAUCUCAUUACUUCUCAAUUUGUUUGGGUCAAAGACUAUUCUAUAUAAUGCUCUCAGGAGGGCACCUGGAAUUAUUGUCUAUGAUAUUGUAAUACUGACAGCUAAAUUGAAAUUUAUGGAAACCACGGGCCUCUCAAAAAAGGAGGUCACGGAACUUCUUUUAAAGGAUCCUAGGUUCCUUUGUUCAUCUAUUGAUAAGUUACAGAAGAACAUGGAUUUCUUGAUAAAUACUGCAAGGUUUGCCCCAGGCAUUGUGGUUAAAUAUCCCCCAUUCUUAAAUUUCAGUGUAGAGAACAGAUUGAAGCCGCGCUAUAAGGUGUUUGAAUAUCUUAAGUCAUUGCUACCUUCUAAGUGUCCUAUCAGUCUCGUUACCGUGCUGUGUAUGAGUGAGGAUAAUUUCAUUGAAAGGUUUUUAGAGGAAAUGCCUGAGGCGAGAAGGUUAUAUGGACAAUAAAAGGGCAAGUCUGUUGAUAUUGAAAUACCCUGAAGAUCUGUUAGCUCUCCGAGGCUAAUCAUUUGAGAAAGGGGGCUUGAGUGAGUUAGUGGAUUGACCAUAAGCUGCAACUUUUGCUACCUUCAUCCAAGUUCAAGCCUCAUUCAUAGCCAUGCUUAGAACGGUUGGCCUGCCUCCGAUGAGGCAAAUGGAUGCUCUAGUUUGUCAAAUCAUGGUCCUACCUCGACGCAGAUGAAGCUCCAAUUUCCAAAUUUUAGGAAGGCUGCUGGGACGGCUUUGCAAUAUAUCAAGAUGGUUUCUAUGCAAGCUUUGGGCCACAAUUUCAAUGGUUUUCAUGGGAUCCAAGCUCGUCUUACAUGCCUCAUCCAUUGAUCACUAGUUCCUCCUCAAUUCUCAAAGCGAUAAGGCAACAACAAAGCACCAUAUAUUCUAGUUCGUUUUCUAAAAAGGUCGAUCAUUUUGUGAGCAAAUAGAGCUUCUAAGGUUUCAACUCUUGUAAUCUGUAAAUAUCAAGGAGGUUAAUAUUGUAAAUGCUUCUUGCAAUUAAAUGUUUCCAUGGUUUUCUUUGUAGAUUUUU